CAAGCCGGGAUCAAAGAUCGAACAUCUAUCUAUUCGGCACACAACCUACUCCUCGAAACUACAAGAGACCCUAACCCAAGAGGAACGAAGAACCAACCGGUCGAUACAAAUUCACUGCACUCUAUUGGAAUUUUGUCCCAAUGACAUCAUGGAAUGCAAUUUUCUCGAGAGACUCUGUUCGUUACGAUACCGAUAGCUGUGACGAAUCGGAUUUUUUCGUUUCUUCUAUAGAUCUUGACGACAUUUGUGUGUCUACAUCUACACUUUGUUCCGUGUACAACGGCAAUCAGGGUCCGUACAGGGCCACUAUUGAUUCUUCCGACACGCAAUGGUCCAUUAGCACAACGCGAAUCUCGAAUACGAGAGAAGAACACACUAGGAAACUAAAGAAAAAGAAAGCCUUUUCCAGUUUCGUGAAGAUACUACUCAAAAUAAUCGAGGGAAAAGACAAGGACAAGUUUCGGAACGUCAAGGAAGUCAUCUUGGAUUUCGAGCAACAAAAGGAGCGGGGAGAAAUCGACAGCGUCACCGAAAGCCUGCGUUCCCCGCUGAAAAACGCCGUGGGGCCGCGGUAUUGGAGCGAAGCACGAAAACACCUGUCGAGAGCAAUACUGGAUUCGAGGAGCAAGCGUUGCCGUGCGAGAGAUGCUGCCAAGGCCGGACCGAUAACGGAUCGCCGGUUUGCGCCCCAUCCAUCGCCAAUAAUAUAUUGUGCGGAAAAAGAUAAGCUGCCAUUACAUUCGCCGCUGCCGUUUCCGGUAAUGGCGGAAAGGGGAACGACUGCGAUCAGCAAUGCGUCGGUGAUGAAGAAAAAGGAAAUGGGGACCCGAAAGAAGAGAAUCUGGAUCAUUAUCAGCGUCCUGAUGCAGCGCCUCGAGAGAUCAAACCCGGUGCUCUACCACAAGGCCCACUCGCUGAUCAAAGCGUGCGUUCAGCGGCACCGAAACGGCUCGGACGCCGGCGAAGGGCACCGCAGCCUGACGCGCAGCAUCCAGCACUGUCUAAAGAAUGACAUUGGAGUGGAACACUGGAGGCGAGCCGAACACGCCGUUGGAAAAUUUUUGCUCCGGCGCCACCAGAGGGUUCAAACGUGGGAACCGCUCGGAAGCACUGCUUUCCCAAACAAAAGGGGAGCAUGGUCAGCGAUCGACGCAACGAGCGUGGCUGCCACAAAACGGCCGCGUUUUGGCAUCAAUCAUUAAUGAAAGCUACUUUUUAUACACUCAUAAAAUCAAUAGGGCUAUAUUAC